CGCCCCCAGGGGAGACUCAUGAGAGUGCGAGGGACCGGAGUCGUGUUGGCAGAACGCGGUUCGUCAGCGCUAGCGAAAGGACGCACCUGACAGUUGGCCGAUUGUGGGGCGUUUUGCAGGAGAUGGUGUUUGCGGUGGCCGAACGUUGAAUCGGCCCUGAGCGUCGGGCCUCCGUUUCAGCGUCGAGACCUCUUUUCUCAGGGGUUGCGCUUCCGGGGUUAUAUUCCUUUUUUUGGAGCGCCGCAGGAGGAGCGAGUCACCUUUCAGUCUGUGGCCUGCAUGUCUAGGCAAUUUCCAGCAUCUUUUCCACAUGCCAUUUCAGCCUGUUCUCGAGCUUUGUCGGAUCUUCAGGAACAGUAGAUCGUGCCCCAAGUGUGCCAAUGACCUGCUCGCGUUUUACUCGGAAAAUUUCGCCGACGGAUGUCCAGGCACCCUGGUCUACUCUGGUGUUUGGCCGCAGAGAAACUCCUGUUACUGUUGCUGGCAUGUCCUGGCCACCUCCCUGCCCUGCUCCACUACGCUGGAGGACAACUCGCACCAAUCCAUCCGCACCGUCUUUUCUGUCUGCACAUCUUUGUGCAACCGGCAGUGCCCCGUAGUACAGAGCAUAUCUCGGACGGGAGCAGACCUUUCAGGACGCUGGAAUAGUCCUGAUACCAUCAGUGUCUUACAUAUUGGGAAUUCCUUUCCCCGACAAUCCACCAGUAGGAAAAAAAAAUAUUACCAGAUCCUCAGCACGUAAUGCUGAACGGCAUUAAAAUUAUUGGAGGCCUGAUGCCGGGUGUUAGCGGAGGUGCUGGGAAAAGGGGCCGUUAGACAAGGCUAGAACUCGAUAGUUUUUACGACGAUCUGUGACUUGCAUCUGUAAUCUAUAAAUAAAACCGUUCUCCCCAGACGCUGCCGGCAGCGUUUGAUGUUUCGCAAUGUUAUUCUUCUUCAAUUUUGUUCACUUCUCCGGAGUAGUGGGAAUCCAAGCGCAGCUGAAGUAUAAUAACCUUUACUCCGUACCAGAAAUCCAUAUCUAGGUGAGCCGAUGCAACGUCCUAGGCAGCGACUUGAGUACCGCCCCCCAACUUUCUUUUCCAUCAUAUUAACGACGGAUAUGCGAAUGAAAAAUAGUUAUUUUGCGCAGUC